GGCGGGAGCGAGAGAGAAAGAAGUGUAGGGUUUUAUUGUCAGUCCGUGAUUAGCUGCACAAAAUAUCCUCCCUCUGGUUUUCCUACAUUUUUUUAAUCCACACAAGAGACACAAAGCUCAACAGGACGCGCGGCUUUUAAUCUAUUUUUUUUUCUUGAAUAAAAGUCUCCCGCGUUAAAAAAAAAAAAAAAAUAAGCUGGUUUUUUUCUCCCGUCCAAGCUAGCAAGUAAAGCUAACAUUUUAUCCAUAAAGUGCGAUGUUUCUUUAGGAAAAGUCUUUACAGAAACUAAAAAAAAAAAGAAUUUAUUCUUGUUUGUUUGGGAAUUUUACGACCCAUUUUUUUUUUUUUGCGACAUUUUAUUUUUAUUUCCAGCACGUUUCCUUGCUAACUGCCGAGCUGCUAAUGGCGAAGGUUCAGGUCCUGAAUGUUGCUGUUUUGGACAAUCCGAGUCCUUUCGGGAAUCCUUUUCAGUUCGAGAUCACGUUCGAGUGCAUGGAGGACCUUCCUGAAGAUCUUGAGUGGAAGAUCAUAUACGUGGGCUCAGCUGAGAGUGAGGAGUACGACCAGACCCUGGACUCGGUCCUAGUGGGUCCGGUACCUGCAGGGAGACACAUGUUUGUGUUCCAGGCAGAUGCUCCAAACACGGGCCUGAUCCCUGAGAGCGAUGCGGUGGGCGUCACUGUGGUACUGAUCACCUGCACGUACAGAGGACAGGAGUUUAUUCGCAUCGGCUAUUACGUCAAUAACGAGUACACAGACGCAGAGCUCCGUGAAAACCCGCCUCUCAAACCCAACUACUCGCAGCUCCAGAGAAACAUUCUGGCGUCGAACCCACGUGUAACCCGAUUCCACAUCAACUGGGAGGGCUGUUCUGAGAAGAUGGAGGACUCUGAGAACGUGGACCCGUCUCCGAACGUGAUGCUGCCUCCGUCGUGUCUUCCGGGGAAAGCUCCUCCGCUCGGGCUGAUGCCGGACAACUCCAUGGACUGCUUGUAGAUCCUCAGACGCACCUGUUAAGGAGCCGCCUUCCCCUUUAAGAUCUUGUACACCCCAGAACCACGGAGCAGACUUGCCGACGAGCACGGACAAACGAAAGGAACGAAUUUUUUUUGGUUCUUUUUUUUUUUUUUUCUCCGGAUUUGUUUUGAUAUUUUCAGGAGGUUCAUAAUCUCUGAAGUCAGAUAUGGAUUGGUAAACGUUAGGAAUAUUCUACAAGCAGCAUUUUUCCAGAUUAAUUACGUUUAAGCGUGCAGGUGGGAUUGUACAAUACUGUAUAUAUGUGUUUACUUCUGUUUGUAUUCUGGCUCUCCAAAUAAAUAAAUAUCUUUUGUUACGUCA